AUGUCACAGAAUACGAAAACUUAUAAAGACGCAUUUGCCCUUUUUGACAAAAAGGGUACAGGCAAGAUCCCUGUAGAAUAUUUGGGUGAUUUAUUAAGAGCUAUCGGUCAGAACCCUACACUUGCUGAAAUAGCAGAAUUACAAAAGGGUGUAAAAAGUGCUGAAUUCGAUUUCGACACUUACCAGGAAAUAAUCAAUCGUCCAGAUGGGUUCAAGCCAUUGGGUGCGCCAGAAGAUUACAUAAAAGGGUUUCAGGUAUUUGACAAAGAGCAAACCGGUUACAUUGGUGUUGGUGAGCUAAGAUAUAUUUUAACUUCAAUUGGGGAAAAGCUAAGUGAUCAGGAAGUAGAUGAGUUGUUGAAGGGAGUUAAUGUAACUAGUGACGGCAAUGUCGACUAUGUUGAAUUUGUGAAAUCCAUCUUGGAUCAAUAG